GUCCUUUUCAAUCAUCAUUCUGUGUGUGUGUGUGAGAGAGAGAGAGAGAGAGAGAGAUCAAUCGGGGAUCGGUCUGGUAUGGCAGAGGCGCAAUCUAGCUACCCCUACCCGCCGAUGGCAAACCCAGUGGCCGUGAUAAGCCCACAAUAUUGCGCACCGUACCCAGUUGAUCUAACCAUCGUGAGGAAGCUCCUGACCAUAACAGAGGGCAACUUCGCAGUCACCGAUGUCAAUGGAAACAUCAUGUUCAAGAUCAAAGGCAAGAUUUUUAGCCUCCGCGACCGCCGAAUCCUCCUCGACUCCGCCGACAACCCCAUCCUCACUCUCCAACAAAAGAUAUUGACUGCACAUAGGAGGUGGCAAGUGUUCAGGGGACAGAGCUCAGACCCCAAAGAUCUGCUUUUCAGUGUUAAGAAGUCGUCACUUAUCCAAUUCAAGACCGAAUUAGAUGUGUUCUUGGCUGCCAAUACUAAAGAAGAAGUUUGUGAUUUCAAGGUUAAGGGAAGUUGGCUUGAGAGAUCAUGUGCCAUACAUCUUGGAAAUACUCCAACCAUCAUUGCCCAGAUGCACAGAAAACACAGUGUUCAAAGCGUUGUUCUUGGAAAAGAUACGUUUGUGGUGACUGUGUAUCCAAACGUGGACUACGCCUUCAUAGUUUCUCUUGUGGUUGUUCUUGAAGAGAUCAAUGAGGACAGAGAAGAUUGAAAUCACCUCAAGUGAAGUACCUCCUGUUUACAUUACUAGAAUCAUUCCUGUUUACAUUACUAGAAUCACUAAAUGUGGUUUACUAAUGUGCCACUCAUUAUGAUGAUUCCUAGAAUUUCUGGAGGGCUUACAUAAAUAAAAGUGACAAUUUUGUGUGUGAACAAGUUUUGAUCCGCACAUACUCAUUGCUCAAAUGCAGUUUAGUUUGA